CCGGCGGCGUGGCCAUGGACGCGCCCCGCGGCGAGAGGGACCCGCCGGACGCGCUGCAGAACCGCCUCCGCACCGAGCGGGCCAACAAGGAGCGCCGCUGGCAGCUGCUCUUCACGCAGUACACCGUGAACCCCUUCCACCCCGUUCACAUGGUUGCUAGGAAGCCAAUGUCUCGGCAUGAGAAUGUACAGGAACCAAUAAAUGAUGAAUUCCUGAAUCUUCUUCACCGUGCAGCAGAAGUGCCAAGAAAGAAAUACUCAGAGCCACAAACUGAAAGCCAAGAAAUUGGCUGGCAUACAACACCUUUGGUUCCUUUCGACCGCAAUGAUACCAGAUUCUACUUCCCACGCCAGACAACUGAGAUUACCAUCCACGGCUACCCUGCACCACGGGGAGAGAAGACUAAAGACUAGCACAGGGGAAGGCCACAGAUGAAUGUUAAUGACAUCUAAUGUGUUAGGUCCUGCUCGUUAUCUAGCAAACCUGGCAGAUUUCUAGUGACAGGCAAUAGAAAAGAGAACUUUAAUCUGUCAAGAUAUACAACCUGACAACAGUGACACAAAUAAACCUAUCUGUAAGGCUCUG